AUGGCGCCAACGAAGACGGUAAAGAGCGCUUUGCAAAAACAUCCAUUCCUCUUGCCUAUCGAGGAGGUAGCGCAGCAAUUGGGGACGAACAUCGAGAGUGGUCUCAGUGCCGCGAAGGUACAAGAGAUACAGAGGGAUCAUCCACCAAAUGAAUUAGAGGGUGGAGGAGGGGUACCUUGGUACAAGAUCCUACUGAAGCAAUGUAGUAAUGCUAUGAUUUUGGUGUUGGUCUUUGCCAUGGCACUGAGUUAUGGUGUAGGUGAUUACAUCGAGGGAGGAGUUUUAACAGCAGUCAUUAUUCUAAACGUCUCAAUUGGCUUCUUCCAGGAAUUCAAGGCGGAGAAGAAGAUGGAUUCUCUACGAGCACUUUCAUCACCUAGUGCAGCUGUACUUCGUGAUGGUCAGAUCGACACAAUCCCAAGCGCUGAAGUAGUGCCAGGUGAUAUUGUAAUCCUGAAGACUGGCGACACAGUACCAGCCGAUCUGCGCAUAUUCGAGGCAAUGAACUUGAAUUGUGAUGAGAAAUCACUAACUGGAGAAGCCGAGCCCGUCGAGAAGAUUGUCGAGAACAACAUCAUGGUUCCAGGCUCAGAGCGACUUGCCACUGAAGAAGGCGAAGUUGGCAUUGGAGAUCGAUUCAACAUGGCUUAUUCAACCACGACAGUAACUAAAGGUCGCGGCCGAGGAAUCGUCACAUACACUGGUAUGCAAACAGAGGUUGGUAAAAUCGCGGCAUCAACAACAAAGAAACAACGAAAAGCAGGCCGAUCGAUGAACUACAAGAAAUAUGGAAAAGCUGCGCCAGUCAAGGGUGGUGCCAGACGUACAUACGAUGCAGUUGGCAAAUUCCUAGGCCUUACUGAAGGCACUCCUUUGCAAAGAAAAUUGUCAAAGGUGGCUUAUAUCCUGUUCGGCUGCGCUCUCCUCCUGGCCAUCAUUGUUUUUGGUGUCAACAAAUUCAAUGUUACCCACGAAGUCGCCAUUUAUGCUAUCUCUACUGGUAUUGCCAUUAUUCCAGAAUCACUGAUUGCUGUUUUGACAAUCACCAUGGUGGUCGGAAUGACUGUUAUGCGGAAGGCAAACGUCGUUAUCCGAGAUUUAUCAGCGUUGGAGGCUCUCGGAGGCAUCACCAAUAUCUGCUCGGACAAGACUGGAACUUUGACCCAAGGAGCCAUGAUCGUCAAGAAAGUGUGGCUGCCAAAGGUCGGGAUCUUUACCGUCAAUAACUCGAUGGAUCCAAAGGACCCAACACAAGGUGACGUGACCAAGGGUGCUGCACCAGUGCCAAAUGCCAACACACAACCUUCCGAGAAAACCGAGACCGAUUAUGAUCACCAACGUAGUGCCGCUGCACUCAAGUUCGACGUUCCUGCAGAAAAGGCCGCCAAAGACCAAGGGAACAAUCAGAAAGCCAACAGCAGUCCAGCAGAGGAGGCCGCUACUAUUACGCCUGAACUAGAAGCAUUCCUUCUACCAACAGCGCUUUGCAAUCUGUCCACUGUCAAACGCGAGAAGGUCGAGAAUACCGAAAAAUGGCAAACGACAGGCGAACCUACCGAGAUCGCUUUGCAAGUCUUCGCACAUCGUUUUGAUUUCGGUAAGAAGAAGCUUGAAACUCAAGGCUGGAAGCAAAUCGCCGAGUUUCCAUUCGAUAGCAGCAUCAAGCGGAUGUCUGUCAUUUACAACUCUCCAGACGGUGGUCAUAGUAUGGUUUUCACCAAAGGUGCUGUUGAGCGUGUGCUUGACCUUUGUACAUCUGUGGGCUCUGGAUCGACAAGUGAGCCUCUAGAUGAAAAAACAAAAGAGCACGUUUUCUACCAAAUGAACGAGCUCGCUUCACAAGGUCAACGUGUUCUCGCUGUAGCGUCCAGAGAGUGGACGGGAGAUGCUUCAGCAGCCGUGAAGAAGAGUAGCAAGGACGAAGCGUUCCGAAACGAAGUCGAACAAGGUCUUACUUUGAUCGGACUUGUAGGAAUUUAUGACCCUCCACGAGACGAGACUAAGGACGCCAUCCGCGAAUGCAGUGAAGCAGGCAUCAAGGUCCAUAUGCUUACUGGAGACCACCCUGCCACCGCAGAAGCUAUUGCCAAAGAGAUUGGAAUUGUUCCACGAAACCUUUCGAUCCUCCCACCAGACGUUGCCGCCUCUAUCGUACAAAAGGCAACUGACUUUGAUAAACUAUCCGAGGCUGAGAUUGAUGCGAUGCCUGAACUACCACUUGUCAUUGCACGAUGUGCUCCGGACACCAAGACAAAGAUGAUCAACGCUCUUCGCCGUCGUGGUUUAUACAUGGCCAUGACUGGUGACGGUGUGAACGAUGCGCCAUCCUUGAGCGCCGCCGAUGUUGGAAUUGCUAUGGGUCUUGCGGGAUCUGAUGUCGCCAAAGGCGCCGCAAAGAUUGUGUUGACUGACGACAAAUUCAACUCCAUCGUGGCCGCUAUCAGAGAGGGCCGCAGGAUGUUCGACAACAUCCAGAAAUUCGUUCUACAUCUCCUCACAUCCAAUGUGGGCGAAGUAAUCCUCUUGAUUGCUGGCCUUGGUUUCCAAGACAGUUCCGGGUUCUCGGUAUUCCCUCUCAGUCCUCUACAAAUCCUCUGGAUCAACAUGCUCACAUCUUCCUUCCCCGCUUUCGGGCUGGGUAAGGAGAAAGCAAGCUCAGAUAUCAUGAGACGCCCACCACACAGCAACAAGUACGGCGUGUUUACUCCACAGAUCAUGUGCGACAUGUUGGUUUAUGGUCUUGUCAUGGGUGCUACAACGCUCCUGACUUUUGUGACCAUUGUCUAUGGAGCCAAUGGCGGUAACCUUGGUCGUGAUUGCAACAGAGAAUGGAAUGACCAAUGCGUUGCCGUGUUCAGAGGUCGUGGUGCCGUCUUCGCACUUCUCACUUGGGAAAUCCUGAUCUCGGCUUGGGAGUUCAAGAGUAUCCGUCGAAGCAUGUUCAGACUCGAUCCUGCGACUGACAGCAAGUUCCCAUUCUUCCACGAUGUAUGGGAGAACCAAUUCCUUUUCUGGGCUGUGAUAAUUGGCGCCUUGUCUGUAUUCCCAGCCAUCUAUAUCCCAGGACUAAACCACCAAGUAUUCAGGCACACAACCAUCACUUGGGAAUGGGGUCUUUCAUUCGGCUGUGUCAUCUUGUUCGUCGUCUGUAUGGAGGCAUGGAAGUUCACCAAGCGUCACUUCCAUCUAUUCGAGCAAGGAGAGGAGGAUUCGCAGGAGUUUAAGAAUAAGAAGUUGUCCCUCAGACAGGGUUUCUUCUCGAUGGCGAAGGGAUCUAGACCAUCAUCGAUUCGGUCGUUUGGCAGAAGCCGAACUGGCGAGAAAAAAGACGCUGGUAUGACAGCGUUGAGUGCUGCACCAACUACACGAACAUUGGUGGGUAGUAGUGGCACGGAGACACAAGAAAAGGCACGAACGCCAGAACAACAAGUCUAG